AUGGGGUUCUGGCGUACUGUCAGCCGAAGGCCCACCCUUACCCCCGUAAACUUUCGGUACCGGAAGACUGUGGGUCACAAGGUGAGAGACUUCAUCGAAUGGCUUGGUCAUGUUGUUCGUCCUUUUGCCAAGCAUGUGCUUCCAAAUUUCAUUGCAGUCCAUUACUUCUACAUCAUAAGCAUGGCGAUCAUCGGUUCGAUAUUGAUGUACCCGGUCAAAAAUUUCCCUUACAUUGAUAUUCUUUUCAUGGCGACGGGUGCUGUGACCCAGGGCGGGUUAAAUACCGUAAAUGUGAAUGAUAUGCGUCUUUACCAGCAGAUUGUGCUGACCGUUCUCUGUUUUUUUACAACUCCGAUCUGGAUUCAUGGUGGGUUAGCGUUUGUGCGGUUGUACUGGUUCGAAAGGUACUUUGAUGGCAUCAAAGAAUGGUCGAAACAGAAUUUCAGAAUAGCCAGAACCAGAACUUUGAUGCAAAGAGAGGCAACACGAACCAUGUCGCGCAGGAAAGCUUCAGGUGCAGGGAAUAAUGAGGACUUUCAAAGCAAGCUUUUCAGCGGUCAGAUGGUGAAUAGGGAAGAGGAUAAUAAUCAAGAAAACCAUGAAAUGACAGACAUGAGAAGCACAGGGCUGCAGAAGAGCUCUGAAUACCACGCGGAACCGACCAGAAGUGGCGGUGAUGGAGAUGUUGGCGUAAAAUUUGGGAAGAUGCCCAAGCCUGGAUUGCCCGACGAAAAGUUAAAGAAGAUGGAAAAAUUUAAAGGUAGGAGACAAUCGGGGGAUAUAUCACCUUCUGACAUGCUGAGAUCUAUAGCCAUGCUUCAGAACCAACAUCGCGAGAGUGACAAUGAGGAUCUGGGUCCUCCCCUGGUAAUAUCUGGUCCCACGGAGAGAUCUAGUAGCCGUCACGUCCACGACCUUAACGGCGAGGCACCGGAUGCGUCAAGGUCUCACACGACUGAUAUACAAGGGAGUAGCAGCAGCCUCGAAGAUUCAGCUGAAGUCCCAAAAGGCAUUACCGAGGACGAUGAAAGAGAUGUCUACAGCCAACCUCAAUCUUACAAUGGCGAGGAAAGUGAUAGCCACCCAGAAAACCCUCAAUUUCAGGGCGAAAACGAACCGACAAUUCAAUUCGAAAUCACUAAGCCUCCUAUAGGCCCCCACUCGAGUACAAAUCGUGUUCAGUCUCGAAAAUCUGCUGUUCGAAGAUUGAGGCCAAAAAUUUUCCGCAAAUUCUCGUCUUCCAAAAGCCUAGGACAUAGAAUAAGACAGAGGCUGAGAGAUUCUGAUGAAGAUGGUAACGAUGCUGACUUGGAAGAUGAGGGUUCUGACAGUGCUGACGAGCUGAAAGAGAACAGUCCUGAGAGAGAAUUGAGCGCCUCUGAGGAACACAAUUCCGACCCGGCGGUGGAAAGCAUACAUUCUGCGUCAGCGGUUCAGUACGGAGACACGGUAGGGAAAGAUGCGGAAAGGUCUUACACAUUCGAUCCAAGUCAAAAGUCGAACCUUGACACGCUAGCGAGAUCCCCGAGCUUUCAAGAUAUCAUAUAUAAGAGGUGGAAAGAUGAGAGAAAGAAGCGAGGGCGGUUUUUGCAUGGGCAUAAAGGAGCUCAACCGAAUUUAUUACGGUCUCUUAGUGGUAGAGACCUGAGCCGCAAUCGUGAUAGAACAAGUCUGCAUCGUCAGCGCACCGAGAACACAAUGACCGACGAGGAAGAAGGCUAUUACGGCUUGACAUUUGAAAACGCUAAAAGGCCUCCUCAUUUGAAAAGAAUGAGCACCAACUAUCUCUCUGGGCAGCCCCGGAUAGGGAGAAACUCAACUUUUGUUGGUCUUAACGAUGCACAAAAGACUGAAUUAGGAGGCGUUGAGUACCGUGCCACUAAAUUGCUCUGUCGAUUAUUAGUAAUAUACUACUUUGGGUUUCAUGUCCUGGGAAUCAUAUUAAUCUGUCCUUGGAUUACCAACAUGAACAACUACAUCAAAGUCGUGAGAGAAGAUGGUGUAUCGCCUGCUUGGUGGGGCGUCUUCACGCCAAUGAGUGCUUUUAACGACCUUGGCCUUACGCUAACACCCGACUCGAUGACUUCCUUCAAUAAAGCGAUAUAUCCACUCAUUAUCAUGAUGUGGUUUAUCGUCAUCGGGAACACUGGCUUCCCAAUUCUUUUGAGAUUCAUCAUAUGGAUUUUAUUCAGGAUUUCUCCAGAACUAUCAUCAAGGAGGGAAUCUCUUGGAUUCCUCCUUGAUCAUCCUCGUCGCUGUUUUACUCUUCUAUUUCCUCGAGCUCCAACCUGGUGGCUAUUGCUCAUAUUAGUGGCUUUGAAUGUAACAGAUUUGGUUCUUUUCAUCAUCCUUGACCUAACGGCAGCUGUCGUUGAUGGACUUUCGAGUGGCUUCAAAGUUCUGGACGGGUUAUUUCAAGCAAUAAGCACGCGUACAGCCGGAUUUACUGUGCUCAAUCUCGCGCAACUUCAUCCGGCUGUUCAAGUGUCUUACAUGCUUAUGAUGUAUGUUUCCGUGCUUCCAUUGGCCAUCUCGAUCAGGAGAACGAAUGUAUACGAGGAGCAAUCUCUUGGAGUCUACGUGAAAGGGAACGAAGACUCUGACAACGAGAACCAAGCACACAUCGAAAAGCAGCGUUUACUUGAAGAUAGCCCCAAAUCGUUCAUAGGGGCUCAUUUGAGAAGACAGCUAUCUUUCGAUUUAUGGUUUCUGUUUUUGGGAUUGUUCAUCAUUUGCAUUAGCGAGGGCGGUAAAAUAAAGGACCCAAAAAUGCCCGAUUUUACAGUAUUCCAAGUGCUAUUUGAAAUCGUAAGUGCCUAUGGUUGCGUUGGACUGUCGCUUGGAUAUCCGAACACGGACACUUCGUUUUCGGCGCAGUUUAACACACUCUCCAAAUUGAUAAUGAUCUCGAUGCUCAUCCGUGGGCGUCAUAGAGGCUUGCCUUAUAAAUUGGACCGGGCCAUUAUUCUACCAAGCAACACGCUCGAGCGGCGAGACCGCCUCGAAGAGAGCAAGUCGCAAGGUGCUGCGGGCGGCACCGAAGACCCUCUACUUGGUUAUUUGCGCAGACACACUAAACCAUUCCGUCACCGUCUCGGAUCUGUCUUCCAGCCGCGAAAUUCUGCCGUACCCAGCUCCCCGGAGUCACAAGCAGCCCCGGAGCCCCCGGAGCAACGAGUGCCCGAUUUACACAGCGUCAACUACGAGAGAUCCCUUUUGAAUGGCAGACACAUGUCCGAUGGAAGUCUAUCUCCAGCGCACUCAUACCCGGAAUCAACAGCAGAGUCGACGCUAAGUCGCUCUGACACUGCUGUAAAAUCUAACUGGAAGCCACCCACUGAAAUGACGUCUCGUUGA